AUGGACGGUACAGUCAGGAUACCUGCUGCUGACAACCCUGAGGACAAGGAGCUCAUGGAGACAGUGAACUCCAAUAACUUUCGAGAGCUCUUCAGCAGUAAGACCAACUGGUUCGUGGAUGACACCAACGUGUACCGGGUGAAGAUCCACAAAGCCGUCGACGGAAGCCUGAAGACCGAGACAAUAAACGGAGCGAUCUUCUUCUUCAACCCGCGAACAGGACAGCUCUUCCUGAAGAUCAUCCCUGCUUCCGCCUGGGCUGGUCAUGAGCGUCUUCCACAGCUGGCAAAGCAGAAGACAGCCGAGGAGGUCGCCGCAUUCAUCCGCUCCAUGCCGGCGGAAGAGCAGCCGACGUGCAGCUUGCGGAUUUCCCGAAGAUCGUGA